ACGAGUUGAUCGGGCUCACGAUUUUUGGCGCAGUGGUGCUGAGACAAAAAACCUCGACAGCCAGGAAAAGCGAACCAAAAACCCUAAACCUAGAACGAGCAAUAUCGAUGGCGAAAUCGUCGACGUCCAUGGAGAAGCUUAAGGGAUUCUUGAGUUCUCAGAUCAGUGACGAGGAGAAGUGGGCUCUGAAUUCGAAGCUGCUACGUGCUGCCGGGCUGUUUGCUGCAUCUAUAGUUCUAAUGCGCAACUUUGGAGAUCUUAUGGCUAUCUAAAGCUGAAGUAGUGGAUUGUAUUUCUUUUAUAUACUUAAAUGUUAUUUAGGAUGUUUUGCUUCCCAUCUUGCUAGCGGAUUGUAAUUCUUCUUUUAUAUACUUAAAUGUUAUUUCAGAUGUUUUGCUUGCAGUUUAUGUCAUAAGCUGCAUAUGCUUUUCAGGUAUCACGUUCA